GGAAGGUGUUCUAUAACGAUCGUCAAACUAUGUUAGGAUAAUUGAUGAAAAUGACCGUGAAGAAUUAAUCAAAUGAUGUAGCAAAUAUUACUACCAAUUUACCAAUUAAUUUUGCAUUAUGUUCUUCUUCAACGGAUGAAGGUUUCAUCCUUGAUGAAAUUUCGCGAUGAUUUUGAAAGGCCGCACGAUCAGAGAUGAAGUUUUGUGGAAUGUUCGCCAACAUCUUUCUGUGAUGCCCGAAAGUAGAACAAAGAAUUUAUUCGAAAAUUCGACAAAGUAUUCCUAAAUGGAAAACGUAAGAAAGCUCCUACUUGCAGCAGAGCAUGGAAAUGUGUCGUUGGUGGCAAGUUUUAUCGACCAAGGCGUGCAUGUAGACUCGACAGACGAAGAAGGGGUGAACGCUCUUCACACUGCCUCAGCGAAUGGCCACGAAACAGUUGUCCGACUACUCCUUAGCAAAGGCGCGUGUCUGGACGCUAGAAACGGCUAUGGAUGGACGCCGCUAAUGCUAGCAGCUCUCUAUGGCCAUAUCCUCGUCGUAGGGAUAUUAAUACAGCACAAAGCAGACAUUUUCGCACCUAAUGAUUUCGGAGCGACUGCUUUGGAUUGUGCGUCUCGUUCCGGGCACACUCAAGUCGUAAAACUAUUGAUGGAUGCUAACGCGGUGGCACAAAAAUCUUACCUUGUAGAGACUUGUCUGAGUUCUUUAAUGAGCGCUGCCCAGCACGGCCAAGAAGCUGUUGUGGAGUUAUUAUUAGAGAAAGGAGUUGGAGUUAGCUACAAGGACGGAGUGACUGGUUGGAGCCCGCUAAUGGUGGCGGCUUUGAAUGGGCAUAUUGGCCUCGUUCAACUUCUAUGUGAGAACGGGGCCGACGUAAAUGCUUUCAAUAUUUUAGACCAAACUGCUCUUGAAGUUGCUUCGUUGCGACAUCGAACCGAUGUGGAGGCCUAUCUAGAAACGAGAACUACGAUAAAGCCGCAGUCUCGAGGUCAAAAUCAGAAGCCAUUUCGACCAAGCAUCAUUGAAGCUGCAAAAAAUGGUGACAUGCAGAAUAUCAAAAACUUGUUAGAAGUGAAUCAAAAUGACAUCAAUGCUAGCGAUGAUGAUGGGGCCACACCCCUUAUAUUCGCAUGCAUGGGGGGCCAUCACAAUGUUGCUCAACUGUUACUGGAUCGUGGUGCCAACAUUGAUGCACAAGACAAGAUAAGUGGAUGGACGGCACUUAUGCAAGCAACUUAUUAUGGUCAUCGUUUGUUGGUCAAGCUGUUAAUUGAAAGUGGUGCAAAUGUGAAUAUACAAGCCAAGGACGGGUCUACAGCCUUUGAUAUGGCAUCUAUCAUAGGAGACACUGAUAUAUUGAGGCAGCUCGCAUCUGUCAGCAUGCAGAUGACAACAUCUACUAGCAGCAAAAGCAAUGGUUCUCUCAACUCAUUUUCUAAGACAAAGAUGGACAAUGGCAGUGGAGAGGUCCGCGUCAGAGAUCUCGUGAAAUACGAAGGGGUGGAUCCUGGUAAGACUGGAUUGAAGGUGUGGUGGUCCAAAAUGUCAAGUAGGCUGCGCAACAUGACUUUGGUGCGAACCCUCAGGCCCCCAUCAAGCACCCGUCUACAGACACUCAACUCGGACUUCAGCAGCGGUGUAGGAAGCAGCCGCAUGGAGAUGGGGAACAACUACAGUAACACACCCUCUAACAUAGUUGCAGAGCUGAGCACUACAAAAGAGACCAGGGAGACUAAAAACUCUCUCAGUAGCAGUCAUGGGUCUGAUACAAGUGUGGCACGAUCUCUGGCUACGGUUGUAGACUUUGCGUUAAAGGCUGGUGGCAGUGACGUUAAACGACCUAAAACGCUGGCACUUGGCUCCCCGAUGACACGCCUUCCGGACGAUGUCAUAUCUCCUGUCGUUCCUCCUUCUAUGCCUGCCCCAGCCUUUGAGCUUACAAGGGUCCAACGAGAACAUGAGUCUGAUGAUGAUGAAUCCAAUGCACCUCAGGUGCCGUGCUUGUACGUCAAUGGUCAGUCCAUUCCAGAUGGCAGUCUCUCCUCUGAGCUCUCUAACUACUUUGAAGGCAGUCUGGAUAAUAUUAGUAGUGUGAGUGGCUAUGCUGUGUACCGCCCUCGGCGCCGUGCCAACAGGAAGGCAUACUCGGAGGGACACAACUUCAGCGGGAGCCCUGAGUCAUCAUACUCGACUGCUAGCUUCCAUUCAUCUGUUUCCAAUAACUCAGGGAGUAGAACUCUGAAAGCUUCCAACCCAGCCCCAGUGGAUGUCACGCCACUGUUCACCUCCGUGACUCCACUACACCAGAAGCCAUCCAAGAGCUCACACAGUCCCUCCCCGACGCUCGUAUCUGUAAGGACCUCCUCCUCAGCACCAGGCCGGCUCCAUCCUUUACCCACAGGGAUCCCUAUUCGUUCGUCUAUGCCGUAUGGGUAUAUAAAUGGGCACGAAAUCUGUGAUUCGUAUGCAUCGUUAGGGAGGAUGCCACUGGCUAGCGCAGAGGAUGAGGAGAUAGCUGACAUCUUAAAGAAGCUUUCCUUGGAAAAGUACAGCUCCAUGUUCGAAGAUCAAGAGGUUGACAUGGAAGCGUUUUUGACUUUGAAUGAUGGAGAUCUCGAGGAUCUUGGUGUCACGCAACGCGAUGCUAGAAACCAGAUCCUCGCGGCCAUUGCUGAGCUGAACACUGGCAAGGAUCGGGAAAGACAGCAUUUCCAUGAAUUGACCAGCGGUUAUGGCUCGGGCUCGCCAUCUACCAGCCUUUCGCGUUGGGCUUAUCCUAAUACCAAUCUUAAACACUCUAGAUAACACACGGAGCCCACGUCGUGGGAAAACUGGAAUAUUACUGGUAAACUUUUUAAUUAAGGAGUCUACAGUGGGCGAUGCGCUCAGCUCGUAAUGUGAUACAAGUCAGGGGGAGGGAUCGCUACAAGUAAGGGGGGGGGGGGGGGUCGCUAACAAACUUUUUUCGCGGACGGGUCAGCUCGUCUUAGCUCGCAGUGGUACUCAAUUUUCCUGCAUUUUAGCGGACCUUUCCCUUUGUUACGAGCCUGCAUUUGCAACCUGAUUUUUAAAAAUACGUCUGUAAAAUUCAAUUUUGUCGCAAGCAAGCGAUCCUUUUUGAGACAACGCGAAUUGGGGUGUUUUUCAAUAAUCACCUGCAAGAUGCGUAUGCUUGUAUCAAGUCACUAAUCUAAGAAUACACCUAUUCCAAAUCAGGUUGCACUCGGAGAAUCUAUGUGUCGUAACCCGCAGUGCUUCAUGGAUAUGAAAUAAAUAAUAGAAUAAGCGUAAAUAAAAAUAAACACACGCUUAGAAAGCUUUUGCAUUCUUCUUUAUGUACCUCUAAAAGUUCACACGGCGUUCAGAGACGCCAGAAUUAAGACAUUGAUUUGCGGGUGCAACCCUCCUUGCAAUAGAUGUAUGUGUUAGUGUGCACUAGCGAUUUAACUAAGAUUCUGUGUGGCAAGAAGUUUGAGCUGUGCGACAAAUAUCGAGAAAAUCGCACACGUGCGUCAAGAAUACGGGAACAGACACCCUUACUGGGCAAGAGGCCGAGGGGAAAAAACACUCACACAAAUCCAUUUGUUGAUGAUUAUUUUGGUACUGCUGAAUUUACUUUCAGUUCAAAAGAUGACAAUUUAUCUGAAUUUAUUUAUACUCUCGUGUGCAGCGGCUAAGGUUUUGCGCACGCUGCCAUGUCAUUGUAACAUAUAUAUUCACCAAGCGAGGAAUUUAAGAAAUGUAUGUUUUUGCAUCAUGUAUGAAAUAAAGAAAAUGACUAUUGUA